AUGGAGGCGUUUACAUUCGCCGUCUCCACACAGGUGGACUUUCCGAUCCAUAUCAAGAUUGGCUCUCUUGAGGGAAAACAAAAGCAGCUACCUCUUUCGGUCCUUCUAAAGCGACCGGACCUGCGACACAUCGGCUCCAUCCAGAACCCCGUCUCCGAUCUGUUCGUAACGGCUCAACUAUGGUCGGAUUCCAAGCCUCUUGGGGUUCCUCUGCAGACUCCUUACAAAACAUUUAAGUCCGUCCGUGCGUGGAAUGAAUGGUUACAACUGCCUAUGUCCCUCAAGGAUGCCCCUCUCAACUCCCAACUGGCUGUCACCAUAUGGGAUCUUUCACCUUUUGGCGGCAACGGAGCAGACGGUCACUAUGUACCAUUUGGUGGAACAACAAUACCUUUAUUCGAUGAAGAUGGUAAAUUGAAAAUGGGGCGUCAGAAAUGCAAGGUGUAUCGACAUAAAGCGGCAGAUGGCUUUUCGUCAACCACCACUCCUUCAACCCCACCACCGAAGCGGCGCAAGAUCAACGCAGCGGAUUCACUAGGCCCUUCCGUGGAGGAGUUGGAACUAGAGAGGGUUGAGGUACUGAUAAAGAAGCAUGAAAUGGGAGAGAUACCACGGAUCGACUGGAUGGAUCAGAUGGUCUUCCGCCAACUGGAGAAGUUGAAGUUGAAUGCGGAAGAUGCCGCGAGGAAGAGAGCAUUACGUCUCAAAGCAGCGAAGCACAAGAACCCAGAUACCACCGGCGCAGAUGGAGAACAUUCCGACGAGGAGGACAUGGAUGACGAGAAUUUUGUCCUGUACGUCGAGUUUCCGCGUUUCGAUCAUCCAAUUGUCUGGACCGACCAUCAGUAUCCCCCGCCCCCAAUCUCUUCAUAUUCCCAAAAUGCAGCCCCGAACCCCAAUUCAGCCCUGAAGCCCAUCCCCGAAGUUCGCUUUGGUCCGGGCAUUGAGGGUGCUGAUGGUGAAGGUGUCAUUCAAAUUUAUGACCCCGAAGUGGGUCAGACCGGAAAUCCAUGCGAGGAUAAACACAGAAGGUUGAUUCGGAGUCAUCGGACUGGCAUUAUGGACCGUGACCUGAAACCAAAUCCCAAGAUCCGCGACGAACUCAAUGUCAUUGUAUCAUACGAGCCGACUCAGGAUCUUACAGCAGAAGAAAAGGAUUUGGUCUGGCGAUUUCGAUACUAUCUCACUCGCGAGAAGAGAGCGCUUACCAAAUUUGUCAAAUCGGUCAAUUGGCGAGACUCUGGUGAGGCACAGCAAGCGGUGGAAAUACUUCCCAAGUGGACUGAGAUCGAUGUUGAUGAUGCAUUGGAGCUUCUCGGGCCGACGUUUGACAAUACGGCUGUGCGUUCGUAUGCCGUGGAAAGGCUGCGCAAGGCUGAUGAUGAGGAGCUUCUCUUGUACCUUCUCCAGCUAGUUCAAGCGCUCAAGUAUGAGGAAAGUUCCCGUGACGAAACCGAGGACGUUGCUCACGACUCAUCUUUGGCAAAUUUCCUUAUCUCUCGCGCUGCGAACAAUUUCAAGCUAGGGAACUAUCUGCAUUGGUAUCUCAUGGUUGAGUGCGAUGACACAAGCCCAGGCACCCUGUCGGCGCAACGCAGACUCUUUGCUCGAGUAGAGUACUACUUUAUGGCUGAACUCGAACAAGCACAUCCGGAUUCUAGAAAGACACUGCUGCGGCAGGGUGAACUCGUCGCUGUUCUGACCAAGAUUGCUAAGGAUAUCCGUUUUGCCCGGGAGAACCGGCCGCUCAAGAUUGAGAAAUUGAAAAAGUAUCUAAAAGACCCGAAGAACGAACUUGUGACUAUCGACCCUCCUUUGCCGCUUCCCCUAAAUCCCGAAGUUAUGGUCACGGGCUGCUUCCCAGACGAUUCCAAUGUGUUCAAAUCCUCGCUGUCGCCUUUGCACAUCACCUUCAAAACUUCCGAAGGUCGCAAAUAUCCCAUCCUCUUCAAAGUCGGCGACGACCUUCGGCAGGAUCAACUGGUCAUUCAGAUCAUCAUCUUGAUGGACCGUCUGCUGCAAAAGGAGAAUUUGGAUCUCAAGUUGACACCGUACCGGAUCCUUGCGACCAAUGCCACCGCAGGUGCGGUGCAGUUUGUACCAUCAACCUCGCUCUCAGCAGUAUCCGCCAAGUAUAAGUCUGUCUUGGCAUAUCUCCAGGCGAACAACCCCGACGAGAACGAACCUCUCGGUGUCCGCAAGGAAACUAUGGAUACAUACGUCAAGUCAUGUGCCGGCUACUGUGUCAUCACCUACCUCCUCGGCGUCGGAGAUCGGCACCUGGAAAACCUCCUGCUCGCGCCCGACGGCCACUUCUUCCACGCGGACUUCGGGUUCAUCCUCGGGCGAGACCCCAAGCCAUUCGCUCCCAUGAUGAAACUCUGCAAGGAGAUGGUCGAGGGCAUGGGCGGCACCACGUCCCCCCAGUAUCUUCAAUUUAAGCAGUACUGCUUCACCGCGUACACGACUCUGCGCAAGUCGGCGAACCUCAUUCUCAACCUGUUCAGCCUGAUGGUCGAUGCCAAUAUCCCUGAUAUUCGAGUUGAACCCGAUAAAGCUAUUUUCAAGGUUAAGGAGAGAUUCCACCUAGAGAUGACAGAGGAGGAGGCCAUCCGGCAUUUCGAGCAAUUAAUCAGCGAUAGUGUCAAUGCCAUCUUUGGGGUGGUCAUUGACCGGCUGCACGAAUUCGUUCAGGGAUGGAGAGCAUGA